AUGGCAGCAUCACUUCGUGGGAUCAGUCCAGAGCUGAGGAAAUAUAUAAGUGUCAACAAACUGCCAGAAAUUUAUGAGGCAAUCUUGUGUGGAUUAACUGUGAUGUGCCCAGAAGAUUAUCUCAGCUUUAUACUUGACAAGCUGAUGUAUCUGAAAAAACAUGGACUGGAAAUACUUCACUGGGACAUAUUUAUAGAGGAUUACAUGAAGCCUAAAGUUAGGAUAGUCACAGAAAGCAAUCUGGAUAUGAUCUUCAAUUUUGACGAAUGGCUAAUGCCAACAGCAGAGAUGUACAUUAAAGCCUGUUCAUAUUACAAUAUGAAGUUGGAGCGAAUGUGUUUUUGUGCUAUAAUGCAGUAUCACUUAAUGCAGAAGCGGAAGAAGGCAGUGUUUGCAAGCAAAAUGAACAGUGCGGUGCAUCAUCAUAUAAAACACUUACUUCAUGUUCAUUUUGGAAUCUGGAAGGCAUGGGUGAAAUAUAGGAAGGGAAGACAAGCAAUGUCUUUUCAGAUAAUACAGCAUGUAUACCACACAUUAAUGGGGAAGGUUAUACUUGAAGCUUGGAAUAAGCACACCAUGGAGGCUCAUAGGCAGAGAGAGUAUUUUGAGCGCCUGGAGAGGGGGGAAAACAUGGAGGAUGAAGAUGUCUUUGGACAAGGAACAGGUGAAGCCAAGGACUCUGUUUCCACUCUGCCAUGGAAGGUGGCUGUACAGGUCUUCAGCUACUUAGAUAUGGCAGAUCUUGCAAACUGUGCAUGUGUCUGUCGUUUCUGGAAAGUUCUCACACAAGCAAACCUGUUGUGGAGUAGGGUAAACUUCAGCACUGUACAUAAGAG